GGCUUUUUGUACAAAAGAACAUGCAAGCCGCUGAACAAGGAGUGGAAAACGAAAAAGUACGUGGCUUUAACUGAAGACGCCCGGCUAAUUUAUCAUCCGAGCAUUCAGGACUACGUCCAAAAUAGCCAUGGAAAGGAGAUUGAUCUGAGUCGUGUUACUGUCAAGAUUCCCGGUCUAGCCUUCAGACAGGCUGGUGGUCAAAAUAACGCAAAUGGACCAAGUCGAAGCCAACAGGCAGAGGCAGCGAAUGCUGAAAAGUUCGCUUCAUCUGCAGAAAAUACUGCUGCCAAUGCCGAAGCAGGUCAAACUUCGAACGAGAACAGCGCUGUUUCCGGUACAUCUACCCUCGUUCCUGCCUUCUGUUUUAGCCCACCGAAUUUGAUUAAUUUCCCUUAG